AUGGCGGGGCUUGUAAGUGGAAGCGACGAGAAGGAAGCGGAUGCAGGGUUGGAACACGAGCGUGGACGAGCUAUCGAAGAAUAUCGAAAGGAUGCGGAGGGAGGAUGGCCGCUGGCUGCUUCCAUGGUUCCCUCGCGGGUGACCUGUUCGUGCGGUCCCCACAUGUUCCACGCCCGGGUGAGCCUCUCACCUGAGGAAUCUCGCAGAAUCUACAUGGAGCGACGACGUUACACAGCGCGACGAUGA